AUGGCGGAAUCGCUGCCCCUGGAGAUACUCACAUAUAUUCUGAGCUUCCUGCCUCUGUUAGCUCAGAAAGAGGCCUCCCUCGUGAGUCAGGCUUGGUACUGUGCAGCCUAGAAUGCCCUUUGGGAGCAACCAGGCCUUACCUCCCUGGACCUCAGUGGCUGCUCAGAGCUGACAGAUGGGGCACUGCUGGCUGUGAGCUGGAGCUCGUGGCACCUGCAGCACCUGAGCCUGAGGAAGCUGCAGAGGCUGACGGAUGCGGGAUGCACAGCCCUGGGGGUCCUGCAGGAGUUGCAGAGCCUUGACAUGGCCGAGUGCUGCCUGGUAAGUGGGCGGGAACUGGCCCAGGCCCUGGGCUCAGUGCAUGGAGCUCCACCCCCAUUGACCUCCCUCAACCUGGCUUACUGCUCUUCACUGAAGCCACGCCCAGAGCUGGAGCAUCAGGCCUCAGGCCCCAAGGACACCUCUCCCAAGCCACAGGGCCCCUCCCUGCUCAUGCUGCAGGCCCUGCAGGAGUUGGACCUUACAGCCUGCAGCAAGUUGACUGAUGCCAGUUUGGCCAAGGUGCUCCAGUUCCCCCAGCUGAGGCAAUUGUCUCUGAGCCUGUUGCUGGCACUCACAGACAGGGGCUUGGUGGCUGUGGCCAGGGGCUGCCCCAGCCUGGAGCGCCUGGCACUGAGUCUCUGCAGCCAUCUCAGCAAUGAGGGCUGGACCCAGGCAGCCAGGUCCUGGCCGAGGCUGCAGCACUUCAACCUGUCCAGCUGCAGUCAGCUCACAGAGCAAACCCUGGAUACCAUCAGGCAGGCGUGCAAGCAGCUCCAGGUGUUGGAUAUGGCCAUGUGUCCUGGCAUCAACAUGGCCGCUGUUAGGUGCUUCCAAGCCCAACUGCCCCAGUUGACCUGUGUCCAAUCCCGCUUUGUGGGAGGGGCUGACCUGAACAUAAUGCUCUAA